AUGCUGUUAACCAUAAUAACUACUAUUCUUUUGGCAACUAUAAAAAUUGGUUAUACAGACGGUAUUAAAACAACUUUACCUGUUUCGAUUAUUUUGGAUGGAUUUACAUUACAAACAUGGAUGGAACAAUCAUUAUGGAAUAGAACUCGAAUGUCAAUUGUUCAUCAUUUAAAUGAAUUUUGUAAAAAAGAUUAUCAUUGCGAUGCUGAAUAUGGAAUUGGUAAUAUUCAUUUAAUAAAUGUUGUACCAUAUGGUUCAUCAUCGAUUUGUUUAAAUAUCACCGCUGAUGAACCGGUUUUACCUUUCAAUAUGAAAACCGGCAAUGCACCAUCAUUAUAUAAUUAUACAGCACUUUUGACAGGUGCACUUUUUCAAGCUAAAAUUGAUAUUGAACGUUUGUAUGAUGAUCAAUCAUUAUAUUUAUCGAAUGAUUUUAGUAGAAAUUCAAUUGUUAAUCGAACAAGUCGAUUGUUAUUUGUUCUAUUAGGAAUUGCUAUUGUUGGUAUUACAUUUGGUUUAACUGUUUGUUUCUUUCAAAGAAUUCGUCGUCAUAACUAUUCAAAAUUACUUAAAAAUGCACGAAUAUGUCAACCAAUACAAGAGGAAUCAUUAACCAAUGCUCCAUCAACGUCUGUUUUACAUCAAUAG